AUGGAAAACCACAAUCUAACAGUGCUGAAUGAAUUCAUCCUCCUGGGGAUCACAGACUGCCCUGAGCUGCAGGCCCCCUUAUUUGGGCUCUUCCUCACCAUCUACAUGAUCUCAGUGCUGGGCAACUUGGGCCUGAUCACCCUCACCAAGGUGGACUCCAGGCUCCAGACUCCCAUGUACUUCUUCCUCAGACACCUGGCUCUCACUGACCUCGGUUAUUCAACAGCUGUGGCACCCAAAAUGUUGGUAAAUUUUAUGGUGGAUCAAAAUACAAUCCCCUAUAAUUGGUGUGCUACACAGUUAGCUUUCUUUAUCAUGUUCAUCAUUAGUGAACUUUUCAUUCUGUCAGCGAUGGCCUAUGAUCGCUAUGUGGCCAUCUGUAACCCUCUGCUCUACACAGUCAUCAUGUCCCAAAGGAUAUGCUGGGUGCUCGUGGUAGUCCCCUACCUCUACAGCAUGUUUGUUUCUCUUCUAGUCACCAUAAAGGUUUUUAAUUCCUUCUUCUGUGGCUACAAUGUCAUCAGUCAUUUCUACUGUGACAGUCUCCCCUUGUUGUCUUUGAUUUGCUCAAAUAUUCAUGAAAUUGAAUUGAUUAUUGUGAUUUUGUCAGUUUUUAAUUUGACUUCCUCUUUACUGCUGGUUCUUGUGUCUUACAUGCUCAUCCUUGUAGCCAUUCUCAGGAUGAACUCUGCCGAGGGCAGGCACAAGGCUUUUUCCACCUGUGGGUCCCACCUGACAGUGGUCACAGUGUUCUACGGGACUUUGCUGUUUAUGUAUGUGCAACCUGAGUCCAGUCAUUCCUUUGACACUGAUAAAGUGGCCUCCAUAUUUUACACUCUUGUCAUCCCCAUGUUAAAUCCCUUGAUCUAUAGUUUAAGGAACAAAGAUGUUAAAUAUGCUCUACAUAGGAUGUGGAAAAAGUUAUUCAGUUUCUUUUCUUAA